AUCUUAGCUACAGUGGUAUAUGUAAAUAGGUUAUGGAACAAUUGGUGGUUCGAAUAAAUGUACAUUUUUGAUAAUAAUUCAAUUUAAAAAAAAAUGACUAAAACAAAACACCACAUCCGUAUUACGUGUUAUUAGUCUAUUGUUUAUACUCUAUACUUCUAUAUUCUAUAAAAUAAUAAUAUUUCAAAAGAUCUAUUGUAGACACGAUUAAAGAUAUAUCUUUAAUCGUGAUUGUAGAUUGCUAAACAACAUUGAGUCGCCGUUUAAAUUUUCUUUUAAAAAUGGAGAUUUCAAUGGCUUCAACCGACAGCGUUAAAGUGUUGGUUGUUGGAGAUUCGGGUGUUGGCAAAACUUGUUUAGUGAAUCUUAUGUGUAAAAAUAAAGUUGUAAAAAAUCCUAAAUGGACUGUUGGAGUAACAGUUGAAAUAAAAUUGUAUAAAUAUAUGGAAGGAACACCUAGACAACGCAAUUGUUUUAUAGAAAUGUGGGAUAUUGGAGGAAGUUCAAAUCAUAAAAAUACAAGAUAUAUAUUUUAUAAUGGUAUUCAUGGUAUUAUUUUAGUGUAUGAUUUAACUAACCUUAAAUCUAGUGAAAAUUUACAUAAAUGGUUGGCAGAAAUUUUGAAUAAAGAUAAUAACUCAAAAUAUAAAUGUACAGAUGGAUUUGACAUGGAACAACUAGUUGGCUCAAACAGAGUACCUAUUUUAGUCUGUGGUACCAAAUUGGAUAUGGCUCCAGAACGUGGUAAGAAGUCGCCUUCUACUGUCGCUGCAGAAUGCGGUGCUGAUGAAAUAUUAAUUAAUUGUCAUGAUUCAAAAUCAUUGGAACCAAGUACAGUUGCAACAUCAAAGUUUAAUAAUUUUCUAGAUAGAGUGAUACAAACAAAAUAUCCAAUCAGUAACUCUAGUCCAUUUAGUCAAGGCCUCUACUCAAGACAGCAUCAAUACCAAUCAUCCAAAACUCCACAGUACCCAGUUACUAGACAAAUAAUUUAUGAUGGUUCGCCUACAAUUAGUAAAAAUACAUUUUUCAAUAAUAAAACAAUACAUAAAGACUGAA